AUGAGUUACCUGUUUAAUUCAAACAGCUCUAUCAGUGAUAAAACACCAUUCAGCGCUUCUAUGAGACGGAGCAGCAUGAGAGGAGAGAAAAGUCAGUUAUUCAUGAAAGAAGUCAAAGAAGAAGCCGCACAUUUUGGGUUGAGAGCUGUUGAUUCCAAUGAAGACAUUCCUGAUGAAGAUGACGAAGAUGAAGAAGAGAAGGAGCCUGGAAUUGCCAACGUUAAUGAUGUUGAAUUGAUAUUUGAUGAUAUGAAUGGCAACGAAUUCCCUGCUAUCCAGUCUCACUCUGAUCUACCACAUCCACACAUGAAUGGCAACCACCAACCUGAACCUGGAAAACGUGUGAUUCCUCCUUUACGAGAGUUAGGGGAAGGUGUUCGUCCUAGAACUAAUUUGUCGGCACACCUUAAACAGCCCACCACGGUUAUAUCUUCUCUUCUGAUACCAACCCCGCCCUCAUCUUCUUGGGCAGGCAGCAGUGGAAUACCAUCACAGAGGUCACCAGUUGAUGCUAGACAUGGUUCAACAACAAACACUAAAACUACCGUUGGAGGUGAAACCAAGUCUUCGGUAUCUGUUGGAGAGAAGACAAAAUCUCCAGCGACUACAACAGUUACGACUACUGGAAAGUUAGUCACACCGAAAACCGGCCCCUUAGAUUCAGUUUCUGGACAUUCAAAGGGAACAUCAACAGUCCCCAAAUCCACUUCCUCCACAAAACCAAUUACUUCUAAAUCUUCAACAAAAGCCACCCCCACCACUACCACCACCACCACCACCACUACCACUACUAGUUCUUUCUCUGCUAUUUCUUCUAUUUCAGCUUCCAAGGGAUCCACAGGUACAAUCCCAAAAGCCUCUGCACCGACAGGGCCCAAAGAGAAAAGUAAGGAAAAUGCUGAUCCAUCUUUGCAGAAAGAAGCCAUAAGUGGCAAACCUCCAGGUAGUACAGUUACCCAACCAUCUGGUACAUCUGUACAACCCCAGUUAAACAUUCCAUCAGUCUUGAAUGACGUGCCUGGAGCUAAUAACAGUGCAAAUGAAACUCCCAAGUUGAAACCUCGCUCAGAAUCCCGUUACCCAACUGGAGGAAGCCUGACCGGUACAACACUAAUUGACCUUAAACGACAACGUAUUGAGAAGUAUAAUCGCAGCGGUACGUCCAACUGCAAUGGUGGCACGAACAAUAACUCCUUAGGAGCCUCUGCUGCUGGCAGCAGUGGAGGAUCAACUGCUAAAACCUCAAGCCUUGAUUCUGAGAUUCAAAACAUGUUUCUGGCUAACGUCUUGGCUGACCGAAGUCCUAUCCAUUCUCCAUCAUUGGGAAAGAAUGGACAUAAUUCUGGCCUUCCUCCAUCAGCAACUGACUCCAGUAGAAAUAGUAAUUCAAGUCUGAACACAGUUGGGACACAGAGUGGAAACAAUAACAACAACAUGACUACGGGUCCUCGGACGGCUUCCAUGAUCAAUGGUAACCAACAAUCUAUGCGUAAGUUUUCGGCCUCCAGUAGCGUGCAGGUAAUCGGUGGUGAUGAUGACGAGAAACGAAACUGUUGUAUAAUUAUCUAA